UGAUUCGACAGGACCGCAGACGGACCAAUGAUAGAAACAAAUCCGACUGUCACGGAAUCUUAAGGAAAACGGAUUAAAAGACGAAGUCGCCGCUAAAUUACCUCAGAAGUAUACAUUUAGAGCAGAUUUUCUUUACCUUGCCCCACUGUGAUUUUAGGGAAUCUCCUCGCGCGUCGUCUCUGACGUUACGCCUACGUUACAAACAAUAAUAACAAUGGCUUCUGGGUCUCCGUCGUCCUCUCCGGACACUGCGACGGGCUCAGGUACAGACCCAGCCCGGCCCGACACAGGUGAGCCCCUCGGUGGAGCUGGCUCGGACUCGGACUCGGACCUGGGUUUGGGUAAAUUUGACUGCAGCGCCAUGGAGAUGGGAGACCGACUGGAGGGAGAGGAGCUGCUGCGGGAGUUCGAGUCUGCAGCCGACCGCGUACGAGAUCUGGUUCAGACCGCCAGCAGGGACCAGCUGCUGUACCUGUACGCACGAUAUAAACAGGCUAAAGUGGGGAAGUGCAAUACACAAAAACCUGGCUUCUUUGACUUUGAAGGGCAGAGGAAAUGGCAAGCCUGGAAGCAGCUUGGAGACAUGGAUGCAGAGCAAGCAAUGCAGGAGUACAUUUCCUGUGUGAAUGUGUUAGACCCAGAAGGCUGCACAAAGGAAAGACGAGGAGCAGAAAGAAGAACAGGCUUUGGAGGAGCAGCAGUCAGCUCUCUGUACCAGGAAGAGAUGAUCAGGGAAGAAGAUAAGAACAUCUUUGACUACUGCAGAGAAAAUAACAUCGACCACAUCAGCAAGGCCAUCAGCUCCAAGAAGGUGGACGUCAACACUAAAGAUGAAGAGGGCCGGGCUCUCCUUCACUGGGCCUGUGACAGAGGACACAAGGAGCUGGUGUCAGUAUUACUGCAGCACAAAGCAGACAUCAACAGUCAGGAUAAUGAAGGACAGACAGCACUACAUUAUGCAUCAGCAUGUGAGUUUGCAGACAUUGUGGAGCUUCUACUGAACGCCGGAGCCGACCCAUCUAUCAAAGACAUGGAGGGUUCUCUUCCUGAGGAGGUCACUGAAUCCAGCGCCAUCUCCUCUCUCCUGCGUCAGUACACCGCUCCCAAAGGCUAGACCACCCACCUGCCAUCACCCAAUCCUUCCCCUCAUCCAUGUCCUCCUCUGUUCAUCCAUCCUCUGCAGUUAGUAAACGUGGAUUUUAAAGGUUUUAUUCAACUUAAUUUCCAAAAUACUUGAGGUGAGUUUGAUUUUGGUGGCUUUGGGAGCAAAAGGUGGAAAAAUAACCCUUCCGUUGGAUGAACUACAUUAAAUGAAGCACACCACAUCUAUUUUCAAUCAUUUGAAUAUUGAAUAUUGACUUUAAUUAGCCAGUAGGGUUGGGUGAUAUGCAAAUCACAGAGAUUUACUGAGGAAGCUGGACUUUAAAUACCUGUCAUUGUGAAGAAUAAUCACAUUAAAUGAUUAUGGAGGAAUGGUUGUAUUUAAAAUUGGAGUGACAGGUUUGUAAACCAUUAUGAUCAAAUAUCUAAUUAUGACAAGUUUUUAAUUGCUGGAGGAACCAGAAACAGACAUUCCCAACACAUAUUUUAUUUCAAAAUGGUAUCAAAUCUGUAAAAAGUCAUAUUAAACACACUGUAUGAUGUUAUUAUUGCAAUAUAGGAUUGAAAACUGUAAUAGAAGACUUUAAACAUAUCACCCACUCCUACUGCUCAUAUCUGACGAGCCAGCCUCAAGCCCUCUGACUGUUUGUUUAUGAAUCAGUUGUGUUACAUUCAAGGAAUGCUUUAAUCAUCUUUUCUUUAUCACAUUAAAGUCUUCAACAAAUCGA